UGUCGAAUAACAAAAACAACGCAAGUUUGUUCCCGAUUUCAAUGAAUAAAUAAAAAAAUAAAUACUGUCAUUUUAUUAUAAAAUAUUAGAUAGUAAAGUAAUUUUUUAGAAUAACUUAGCAAAAUGGCAGACGAUGAUGCGCCUUCGGACAGCAGUCUUUUGGUUAUAAUAGUGGAUACAAACCCGAACCAGCGAUAUAUUACAGAAGAUCCAAAAGUACUCACCGGCUGUCUCGAUGCCGUAAUAGCAUUUGCCAACUCGCAUCUGAUGCAGAAAUCCAGAAACCAGCUAGCCGUGAUCGGUUGCCAUUUUCAUAAAAGUGAAUACUUAUAUCCAUCUCCUGGAAAGCCAUUGGAUGUGCGGCAAAUUGAUGGACAAUAUGAACUGUUUACUUUGGUUGAGAAAACUAUUAAAAUGAGGCUCGUGAACUUAAUUAAAAGUCAGCCACAAGAAGAGAGGCCAGGAGAGUCUCUGCUUGCUGGUGCAAUGGCAAUGGCACUCUGUUGCAUAGCCAGGAUGCGCCGAGAAGCAUCACCAGGCCUGAGACUGAGCAGUCGCAUUCUCAUAGUGACAGGGAGCUCAGAUACUGCAGCCCAGUACAUCAAUUAUAUGAAUGUGUUUUUUACUGCUCAGAAACAACAAGUAUUGAUAGAUGUCUGCUCUCUGGACAAACAUCUGAGCUUACUCCAACAAGGCUGUGACAUCACUGGUGGACUCUACUUAAAAGUACCUUCGCUGGAGGGAUUACUACAAUAUUUAUUGUGGGUCUUUUUACCUGAGGCGUGGGAACGCAAGGAGUUGGUGCUACCAGGUCGAGGCAGGGUGGACUACCGCGCCGCUUGCUUCUGCCACAGGGAACUGCUCACUAUAGGCUAUGUGUGCUCCGUUUGUCUUAGUGUGUUUUGCAAGUUCAGCCCAAUAUGCACAACAUGCCACACCGUAUUCAAAAUCGCUGGUCCGCUGCCGAUUAAGCCCAAGAAGAAGAAAAUGAAAAUUUAAUUUAUGGUAUAAGAUAAUAUUUAAUAUAUUCCAAUGGCAGAUAUAGAUAAACAAACCUAAAUUUACCUGUCCAAUAUCCUAACGACUCGGCUAUAUUAUGUAAUACAAACAGUUCUUGAUGAAUAUGUCUUUAUGUAUAAUCCAACGCUACUCCACUUUACUACUUAUAUUGACUUUAAUUUUACUUCCAAAACUUCGAGAAUAACUUCAAAACGCCACCAUUCAAUCCAUAUCCAAAGAAUCCAUAUAUUAUUUUAGUUUUAUUAUUUAAUUGUAACCAAUGGUGUCGAGUAAAUUCAAGGUCACUUUUUUUAUCUCCUGCCAAUGGAAUAGGUCAUAGAUGUGUAUAUAAUUAGUUUUAUGACAGUAAAAUGUUUUUUUAAAAAUA